ACGCACCACACUAGUUGUUGUCACAUUCGCCGUGCACAAGAUGCCGCCACACAGGGGACGUUCUUUGAAAUUAUAACUUCAUUAACCGUUGUGAAGGCACAAUUCUAAAAAAGGAGACGUCUACAGAGCCUGCCUAAGUGCGUUUUGAGGAAUUUGUUCAACGAACCGGGCGGAAAUGAGCCUUUAAUGACACAACAACAUGGCACCCAGAGAUCCACUUCUAAGUGCUCUGAAAGUGUGCUUGUUGAACCUGCGGUCGGUUGAUGGUCAUACAGUGACGGACAGCAACCCUCACCUCUCCUCUUGCUGUCAGCUUCUUGAGUUGGUCCUCAGGAAAGGACUACAACAACCAGUCCUCAGUCUGGUCCAUAGAGAUUACUGGCAAUGUUUUGAACAGCUUCUCUGCCAAGAUACCUGUGGAAGGUUGUAUACCGUGGAGUCUGCGGUGGAACAGACCAAAGCUUGUAAAAAGAUGCUCUCGGCUCAAGGCCGUGGCCGCUACCUGAUCCGAUUGGCUCUCGGCCGCAAGACCUUGCCACAGUUGAUCGCUCACCUCCUGCACACGCCCAGAAUCUUGGAGUGGUACAGCCCAACCUUCUCAAUUUUCAGAAAUGAAGAAUUUUUAGAACCGUUUAUGUCUCUGCUGCUGGUUCUCUCUCACAUGGAGUUCAAACUUGACUUGCAGAAUUGCAGUUUUUUGGAUGACAGCUGGCUUUUACCGGUAUGCGAAACAUACGAAGUGGUGCCUUGCCGAGACGUGGGAAUGGUGUUGAGCUACCUUGGCGGGCGCGUUUUCCUACGGGACACGAUAUCCGGCAGCCAGGCAGAUGUCGACAAGUUUCUCCGCCCCGGUGACGUCAUUGACGAAAUCAACGGCACCUGCCUGAGGAAUUCCAAGAACGGGCAGGCAGGUAUUAUUCUGUCACGCCUGAAAGGUUGCCCUCUGUCCAUCCGCGUCGUGCGCUGGAGGGCCCAGGACGGGACAGUUUUUCGCCCUCUGAUCAAACCGCUGCGGGUGCUGAAGAUGGAGAACCCGAGGCUGGAACUCGGUCCCGCUCCUUGCCAACAGCCUGCCGCUCGUGACCAAAGAACUUCCACUCCAACACAGUGUCUCAAAGAGGGAAGGAUUGUGUACAUUGUCCAGUACCUGGGGGCAAAAAACAUCGGAAUGUUUGGAACCAAGGAGGUGUUGCAGUACGCCAUUUCAAACGUGUUGCAGGAAAACCUGCCGAGCAAGGAAGUGCUUUUAGAUAUACAGGAAACACACUUAACGUGUACAGAAAGCAGCAGUAAAGUUUUGCUGUGUGACCAUCACUAUCCAUAUGUAUCAUGUGUCGGGAGAUACGCUCAGCCAGAUGGCACAAUAUUGGGAUUUUGUGUAAAAAACAGCCCACCUGAAACGAGCAAAAACUUCAGUUGCGUGGUGCUGAAAGCGGGUAGCCCCGAAGAGUGCGAAGCUAUCGUUUGGCGUAUUGCCACUGGUUUCAAGCAUACAGAGUGGUUUGUAUAAAAUUGCUGUAAAUAAACAAAUGUAAUCAAUAAAAUAAAUAAGACCAAAACAUCUAC